AUGUUUGGUUUUGAAACACAAAUUCGUACACUUAGUGCAGCGUUUGGAUAUGCAGAUUUACAGAAAUGUAUCACAUACAAAGAGGCAUUAUUGAAGGAUGCAGAAGAUAUUCUGGAUAUCGACAAUUUGAUUAACUCAAUUGAUAUCGAUAAUUUAAUUGGUAAUUCGUUUCAAUAUGCUGAAGGAUAUCUAAUUAACAAUAGAGAAAAUCUAUCAUCAUCUGAAGGUGAUAAUCCGUUGGCAAAUGGAUUAUUAACUAGUCACAAUAUAUUAGAAGAAAAGGAUAAUGAGGAUACUAGUCCCCCUACUAAAACAGGUAAUUCGUUUCAAUAUGCUGAAGGAUAUCUAAUUAAUAAUACAGGAAGUCUGUCAUCAUCUGAAGGUGAUAAUCCGUUGGCAAAUGGAUUAUUAACUAGUCACAAUAUAUUAGAAGAAAAGGAUAAUGAGGAUACUAGAAUUAGUCACCCUACUAAAACAGAUACUCAACUACAAAUAAUAAAUGGAGUUAGAAAAAUAUAUAGACCUCUAAUGAAAAGUGACAUUUUUCCUCAAAGCGGAAAAUAUAUAAACAAACCACGUGCACCACAUUAUAUUCAGGAUAAAUAUGGUGCCGGUUACAUUACUUUAAAGGCAAAAAUGUAUCGGCCAAGAAAUACAAAAAUUUUUUUUGUGCAAGUAACUUUGUUGACCGUACCUCUAAAUGGUCAAUUCUACAUAAGUCCAAAUAAAUUGCAAAUUGAUCAUAAACAUGACGAUAUUGAGGAUCGCAAUCCAAUUUAUUAUAUAGUUGGAGAAGAUGGUGAAAUAAAAUUAAAAUUGGUUGUGAUUCGAACUAAAAAAUGUGAUUUAAGAACAAAAAAUGUUCAGCCUUUGAAACAAUUUCAAAGACAGUUGAACAUGGAAACUGCUUUAAAUCCAACACGUAAGAAAUACUAUCACGGUAAUGAACGAUUAAUCCGCGCAGGUCCAAAAGAUGCUCCAUUAAUCAAUGAUAUCGAUGAAAAUGAUAUUGAAAUAUUAUAUGAAUCAACAGUCAUAUCAGAUGUUAUGGAAGAAGAUAAACGUCGUCAAAGAAAAGUAACACGAAAGAGCCAAGAUGUUAUAGAAAUUCUACAUCCACUAGCAAAUGAACCACAAAAGCGGAAAGACAUCGGUCUCCCGAUUACAUACGUUAAAAAACAACGUCAAGAAGAAAUAUCAAAUUAA